UGUAACCACGAUGGGCCCUGAUGAACUAUAAACCUUAAUAAAAUGGUUAAGGUUUCAUCUCUUGAAGGAGAUUGAGAAUAAGAAUCAAUUAACUACUUUUUUAAUCAUUUUUCUGUUAAAUAAGAACUUAAGCUUCCUUGAUUUUCAAUAGGAGAGACAUGAACAAUGAAGUGGAUAACCAUGGCAAUUCUGUUGAAGAGUCAACGAAUGAGGAAGCAAAGAAAGGUUGGAGAAAAGUAGUAGAAAUAAUAUGGAGUUGGAUGGCUUACAAAAACAAGAAUGAAUGGUUGGAUCAAAUGAGAGGGAAUUUAUGCUUAACAGCUACAAUCAUCGCAACAAUGACAUUUCAAAUGGCUCUUAAUCCACCUGGAGGCGUUAGGCCGGUUAAAGAUGAUGGAGAUAAAAAUCCAGAUGUUAUAGCAUGUUCUUCUGUUAUUGCAUACUAUGAUAAUGGAACAGAAAUUACGAAUCCGUUGUUGCAGCUAUGUCCGGGUGAAGCUGUCUUAGGCUUUAUAUUUCCAGAUGAUUAUUUUAAGUUCCUUUAUUGGAAUACUAUAUGUUUUGUUGCAUCACUAAGUGUGUUACUCAUGCUUGUUUGUGGAUUUCGUUUGAAUCAUAGGUUUCCUAUGUGGCUUUUAUCAAUUGGGAUGUGUCUUACUCUCACCAGUCUUGUUAAGACCUACUUAACUGCACUAAGUAUGGUUACUCCAGGUCCUCUUUGGAUUAGAGCAAAAAAAUUUCAACAAAAUUUGAUGUAUGCUUGGAUUGUAUUCUCAUUGUUCUCAGCUAUGUUACUCACGCUACGUUUCGCAAUUUGGUUGGGUUAUGAAUACUCCAAAAGUUCUAAGAGAGAACACUCCAAAAGUUCUAAGAGAGAGAAUACUCCACCCGCUUGAUUUAGCACUGGAUUGCUGUUUUUCUCAUUGGUAAUGUUAGUUUUUAUAUUUCAUUCAGCAUGUAUUUGUCUGUAAGGCUUUUAUAUGUAAUGUAUGUAAUAGACCUAUGUUAAGGGUAUUUGUGUGCAAGACUAUCUCUGGAAAAUUUACUAUUAUUAUUCAUCAGAACUUGGAAAAUUACUCUAGCUAGGAAAUAAUAGAAGAAAAAUCGAGGGUGUUGUGAUUCAGAAUAAAGCAUAUUUAUGUAAAUAAGGCAAUUCAAACAAGGGAAAAUUUAGGUAG